UAAACAACAGUGAUAAUUCUUGGUUGCAAAUACUUUUGAUGAACAAUUGUUUCACAGCUCAUGUUUUAACAAAUUUUAUAGAAAUUAGCUGGUAAAUGCCUUCAGUCUUGUACGUCAAACAUAUAAUUUUUUACUUUUGUCCGGACUACUACACUCUACUAUACCUUGCAUUUGGUGUUCAUGAGCAACCCACUUGGUUAAUUAGUAAUGAUUAUGUAUUUGUUUUUAUUUGUCUGUUCCUUAUUAAUGGUUUAUCGGUUGAAUGUUAGAUGUUACUAAGGCACUUUCAAAAAUAUAUUAAAAAAUUCAAUUAGACAAACAAAGUAUCUUAUGCAUUUCUAGGUGUUAGGUAUAGUAGAGUGACUAUGCCUAUUCAAAUGCAAACAAACCAAAGAUAAGCCAGAUUAGAUGACUCAUAUGAACAGAAUUACACAUAUAAAGUGCAUUGUGAAUUGUAAACACCUGAUACUACAUUAAACAUAGCAUUCAUACAACAACACAGACAAUUAAUACAAUUCAAUGUGUGUACACUUAUCAACAUCAUAUACAAUGGCAGCACUAUGUUGAUACUGUACAAUGUACACUCAAAAAACAGAGAGGGUAAGAUUUUUGACUUCUCCUUUCAUAUAUAUAAUGUAUAGAUACACUUAAUAACAUGAGAGGUAUUUCUGAUUUUCAUGAAAUGGUAAUAUAGCAUUUGAUGUGCACAGGUUGGUUGAAACUAUUGAUUUUGUCAUACAUAUUAGGCCCAGGUUUUCCAGUAUAUAAUAAUCUUUAGUACAUUUUACCAUGGCCCUGUCAUAUUUGUACAUUAUGUUUGAUGAAAACUGAUUUCCAGAUAUUUCUACACUUGCUAUGCAUAUAGUGGAUGAGCUCUGGGACAACACAAAAUGGUACUGAAAGGAAUACUAGUCACCAUAGCAACACUAUUAUUACUAACAGACAGUUCUCAAAGCGGCAAUGAUGAUGGAUGUAAACCAGCUCCCCCAAGUGGUUGCGUAUAUAAAGUCACAGAUAACCUUCCAACUGUGAUAUGCAACAAUUUAAACCUCAAGGCAAUCCCAACGUGUCUUCCCGGGAAAACACAUCCGAAGAAACUCAUAAUAAAUGGAAACAACAUUUCCCAGAUAACGUCGAUUCGCUAUGACACACUGGAAUAUUUAUACAUCGAGAGUGAUAAUGUUUUAAAUAUCGUGCUCUAUGCAUUUGGGCAUCUUUCAAAUUUAACAGUACUAAGUUUGAGAAACAAUUUUAUAACAGAUAUUCAGCGGGAUACAUUCAUUGGGCUGACGCAUCUCAAGGAGCUAUAUCUGACAAACAACUCCAUUAAAACACUACCACACCAUGCUUUCUUUUAUUUACCCCAGUUAAAAAUUUUAGAAAUAAACAAAAACUCAAUUGCAUCAAUAUCAGACGGUGCCUUUGCGAAUCUGACUGUGCUAUCAGAGUUAAACCUACGAGAUAACAAACUCAUAGCAGUCCCAAAAUUUAACAAUACACGACUCGACUUGGACAUUCUGAAUCUUGGUCAGAAUAAACUGACAGAGAUUCCACAUGAGCCAUUCAAAACUUUAAAAUAUUUAAAAACAUUAUACCUUGACGACAACGAGAUAAUAACUUUACCACAUUCAGCCUUUUGGGGACUGGAUCAUUUGAAACUGCUGCAUUUAGAAAACAAUCAAUUGAGCCAUAUUUGGUACCAUUUAUUUCUUGACCCCUGGGAAAGUUUACUUGAGGUCUAUCUCCAUAACAACAAUAUUGCUGAGUUGAAUCCUAUACAAUUACCAUGGAAACAGCUGCAUGUUGUGACAUUAGAUGACAACCAUUGGUUAUGUACCUGCAAAACAGUGUGGAUGAAGUCCCUUAGAGCAGUUAUUGAUAAUAGCACCUCCAUCAUGUAUGUUAAAGUGUUUUUCUAACCUUUUCUCAAUAUACAUGAAUGAACAUCUCUACAAGUUAGGCUAGACAUCAAUUUUUCAAACCACUAUACAUAUUUGCCUUGUUUUUGUUGCAUCUUGUACAUUUUUGUCGCUCAAUGGUAGAAUGUGAUCCAACAUUUGUACAGUGAAACCUGUAUAUUUGAAUAUCUCUCUAAUCCAAACUCCUCUCACCGUGAAUACGUGUUUGCUCAGUCCCAAUUUUGUAAUCUCCCAUCGAUUCACAUUCUACUUGAAAUGUGAAAACCUGCUAAUCCAUACACACACUGGUCUCAUUGGCAUUAGGAUUAGACAGUUUUUUGUACUUGAUUUUCCAAAAAGAAAAAAUAUACAACUUAUUACUUCAAUUAAAUUUUCAGAUGUGCUAACCCUCCAGAAGUACAAGGGCAGAAUAUUCUUAAUCUGGAUGACAGCUCACUUCAUUGCUCUCACAGUGGCGUCUCCAUACCAGGUAUCAUCGUUGGAGUUUUGAUCUCUCUUGCAUUGCUAGUGACAGUUGGAUACUUGCUCUAUCGCUGUGUAAAGCGUAAAUCAAUACAUCUAGCAAGUACAUCGGUGUAUAGAAGAAUGGGUGGUUCCCAUAGCAACCAACGCAAUGGUCGUGAGCUUCCUGUUAGCAACCAGACACUACAUGAUGAGGGUGAUGAUGAGUUAUAACAUCAAAAUUAUCAUCAUGGGGGGGGGGGGUAAAUCAUUGUAUAUAACACUAAAAGUAGUAUAAGUAACAUGUUCAGAACCAUCUUAACAAAUGACCUCAAUGAGUGUGACCUUAGGUAUGCCAAGUAUUUGUUGGACAAUGUACAAGUUGGCUAGCUUCCAUUGAAAUAUCAAUUCAUAAAACAGUUGAUGUGCCAUUUCCAGUGAAUGCACUGUGCUGUACUUUUGCGCUGAACUUUUUGUUUCAAAAAUUAUUGCUCAUCUACAUUUGAACCAUUAAAGACAAACUAUUUAUAAAUGUGACUUGUAUAUUAAACUCUGAGGAAUCUAGUGAACUAAUUACAACACGCAAUGAGAGCUAAUCAAAUCAAAAAAGCAACCAGUAGAAAUCUAACAUUGCAGUUACUUGAGUGUGAUGUCAUAAUGUGGUAACUAUAGCAACCGGUACCUUAAUGUCCUAUAACAUUUGUCUCAAAUUAACCAAAUAUUGUGUGAUUUUAUGAUUAUGGCCACAACCCAAUGAUUUAAUUAGAACUAAAACUG